CCUUCUGCCAAUGGAAACUGUCUGGGGGCCUUUGCCGGCGGCCUCGGAGGCGGGGCUUCGAGAGCCCGUGGGAAACCGAGCUCCGAUUGGAGCUGCUGACAAUCGCUCCGCCUCCGGCCAGCCAAUCAGACACGGCGGAUACAGGAGCGGGGCGUUCGGAGUUGGGCUGGAGAGUGACAGCAGGCGCACGCUGGGUACCUGUGCUGCAUCCAGACCCGGGCCGGAUCCUGCAGCUGGAGGGAUGCUGGCGUUGCGCGCUCGGAUGCCUUCCCACAAGCCUCUGGAGGCGCAGCCCGAGGAGGCCGCGGUACAGCCGCAGAGGAGCUGCGGGCCGGGCCACGGCCAGCGAGCCCCUAACAAAGCAGCUUUGGGAGGGCCGCAGGCCUCCGCCUCCUCCUCCGAUAGGUCCGUGAAGCUGCCUGUCACCGUGCAUAGGUGGAGGUGGCCAAUGGUGUGCACUGAAGGAGCUGGAGUUGGCGCGCGCGCGCGGCUCGGCGGCAGUGGGAUUGGUCGGAGGCCAAGAAUCUAGAAAAGGCUGGAGAGUGGCCAUGCCAGCUCAGCACUACAAGUUGGACUUUUCCUACUCUGCUCAGGAAGGAAAACUGGCGUGGAACAUGUG